UUUUGUAUAUUGUCCUGUGUUUGUUAUGUGCUUUUGCUGUUCCCCAUGUGCUCUGUGUUUACCUGCCUGCUUACAUGGGACUGUCUCCGCCCCUUUCCUUAUUUGGUCUGCACUUCCUGUCUUAUUAGUUUUCCCUCCAUUUUCUACUCACACCUGUUUCCUAUUGUUGUUUUGUUGGUCUCGUCCAGUUAUCUGUCAAUCUGUUGGUCUGUGUAUUUAUAACCUCUCUGCUCCUCCUCUGUGCUUAGUUGGUUUGUUGUACUUGUUGGAUAAGUUGAAAGUGAAGUCUGUGCAGAGUACAAGACUUGGUCAAGGGAAAGGGAACCAACAAUGAUUUCAUUUCCACUGUUGCUCUUCAUGGUGGCACUGAGUGGGCGUUUCACUGCAUUACACACUUUGCCCACCUCUACAGUGCCAGCCUCUACAGUGCCAGCCUCUGCAGGUUGUUCUACGUCUACACAGGUGGUACAACAAGCAGCUGCCGAUAUAGUCUUCCUUCUGGAUGGAUCUAGGAGUGUGUCACCACAUCAGUUCUUGAUCAUGAAAACGUUUGUGAAGAAUGUGACCAGGAGUCUCCUGCCGUAUAACACCUUAUUUGCCUUUGCACAGUACUCGAGUGAACUCACCAAACAUGUCAACUUCAAUCAGUAUCAUAAUAGAAUAUUUGAAAGUCAGGUGAACAGUAUCAUCCAGAGUCGUGGAGGCACAUACACCGCAUGGGCUAUGAAGAAAGUUGUGCAAGAGAUGUUUGAUUCCUCUGUUGGAGCAAGAGCUGGUGCCAAGAGAUUCCUCAUUGUCAUCACAGAUGGGCUGACUUCUGGUUCUGCCAGCUAUACCAGUGUUGCAGCACAGGCUGAUGCAAGCAACAUCACUAGAUACGCUAUUGGGGUUGGCGGUGCCUGGAGCAGCCAGUCAUCCCAAAAUGAGCUAAAAUCCAUUGCAUCUAAACCAGACUCGGAACACGUAUUUCCAGUGACCAACUUUGAGGGACUGACUCAUAUCAGGGAAUCACUGGAAAAGAAAAUCUUGACCAUACAAGGGCACCCCUGCUCUACAGUGCCCUUUACAGUGCCCGCCUCUACAGUGCCCUUCACUACAUUCUCUACAGUGCCACCAUCUACAGCCUCUACAGUGCGCUCCUCUACAGUGCGCUCCUCUACAUCCUCUACAGUGCCCUCCUCUACAGUGCCACCAUCUACAGCCUCUACAGUGCCCUCCUCUACAGUGCCCGCCUCUACAGUGCCCUCAUCUACAGCCUCUGCAGUACCCGCCUCUGCAGUGCCCACCUCUACAUCCUCUGCAGUGCCCACCUCUGCAGUGCCCUCCUCUACAGUGCCACCAUCUACAGCCUCUGCAGUACCCGCCUCUGCAGUGCCCUCCUCUGCAGUGCCCACCUCUACAGCCUCUGCAGUGCCCACCUCUACAGCCUCUGCAGUGCCCACCUCUACAGCCUCUGCAGUGCCCACCUCUACAGCCUCUGCAGUGCCACCAUCUACAGCCUCUACAGUGCCCGCCUCUACAGUGCCCUCCUCUACGGUGCCAUCCUCUACAGUGACCACCUCUACAGCCUCUACAGUGACCACCUCUACAGCCUCUACAGUGCCCUCCUCUACAGUGCCACCAUCUACAGCCUCUACAGUGCCCUCCUCUACAGUGCCCUCCUCUACAGUGCCCUCCUCUACAGUGCCCACCUCUACAGUGCGCUCCUCUACAUCCUCUGCAGUGCCCACCUCUGCAGUGCCCGCCUCUACAGCCUCUGCAGUGCCCUCCUCAGUGCCCACCUCUACAGCCUCUGCAGUGCCCUCCUCAGUGCCCUCCUCUACAGCCUCUGCAGUGCCCUCCUCUACAUCCUCUACAGUGCCCUCCUCUACAGCAUCUACAGUACCAGCCUCUACAGGUUGUUCUAUGUUUACACAGGUGGUACAACAAGUGCCUGCAGAUAUUGUCUUCCUUCUGGAUGGAUCUACGAGUGUGAAAGCAGACCAGUUCAUUCUCAUGAAGGAAUUUGUAAAGAAUGUGACCCGGAGUCUCCUGCCAUAUGACACCUUAUUUGCCUUUGCACAGUACUCUCACCAGAUGACCAUACAUGUGAACUUCAAUCAGUUCAAUAGAAAAGGUUUUGAAAAACAGGUGGACAGUAUUGUCCAGAGGCAAGGAGGAACAUACACUGGAAAUGCUGUUGGGAAAGUUGUGAAAUAUAUGUUUCAUUCUUUUGCUGGAGCAAGAUCUGGUGCCAAAAGGAUCCUCAUUGUCAUCACAGAUGGGCUGACUUCUGGUUCUGCCAGCUAUACCAGUGUUGCAGCACAGGCUGAUGCAAGCAACAUCACUAGAUACGCUAUUGGGGUUGGCGGUGCCUGGAGCAGCCAGUCAUCCCAAAAUGAGCUAAAAUCCAUUGCAUCUAAACCAGACUCGGAACACGUAUUUCCAGUGACCAACUUUGAGGGACUGACUCAUAUCAGGGAAUCACUGGAAAAGAAAAUCUUGACCAUACAAGGGCACCCCUGCUCUACAGUGCCCUCUACAGUGCCCUCCUCUACAGUGCCCUCCUCUACAGUGCGCUCCUCUACAGUGCCCGCCUCUACAGUGCCACCAUCUACAGCCUCUACAGUGCCCUCCUCUACAGUGCCCGCCUCUACAGUGCCCUUCACUACAUUCUCUACAGUGCCACCAUCUACAGCCUCUACAGUGCCCUCCUCUACAUUCUCUACAGUGCCCUCCUCUACAUCCUCUGCAGUGCCCUCCUCUACAGUGCCCGCCUCUACAGUGCCCUUCACUACAUUCUCUACAGUGCCCGCCUCUACAGUGCCCGCCUCUACAGCCUCUGCAGUGCCCUCCUCAGUGCCCUCCUCUACAGCCUCUGCAGUGCCCUCCUCUACAUCCUCUACAGUGCCCUCCUCUACAGCAUCUACAGUACCAGCCUCUACAGGUUGUUCUAUGUUUACACAGGUGGUACAACAAGGGGUGGUUGGAAAUUGUUCAUACCAAGGCAACCAAACUUGUUUACCCACCUCUUCAAAUCUGCUCACAACAACCCAAGUGCCUGCAGAUAUUGUCUUCCUUCUGGAUGGAUCUACGAGUGUGAAAGCAGACCAGUUCAUUCUCAUGAAGGAAUUUGUAAAGAAUGUGACCCGGAGUCUCCUGCCAUAUGACACCUUAUUUGCCUUUGCACAGUACUCUCACCAGAUGACCAUACAUGUGAACUUCAAUCAGUUCAAUAGAAAAGGUUUUGAAAAACAGGUGGACAGUAUUGUCCAGAGGCAAGGAGGAACAUACACUGGAAAUGCUGUUGGGAAAGUUGUGAAAUAUAGGUUUCAUUCUUUUGUUGGAGCAAGACCUGGUGCCAAAAGGAUCCUCAUUAUCAUCACAGAUGGGCAAACCUAUGACUCUUCAAAAUAUCCCAGUGUCACAGCAGAGGCUGAUGGGCAAAAGAUUACUAGAUACGCUAUUGUGGUUGGCAGUGCAUGGACCAGCCAGACGGCACGAAACCAGCUCAAUGCCAUUGCAUCAAAACCAAAAUCAGACCAUGUGUUUGAAGUGGACAACUUUGAUGCACUCAACAACAUCAGAAAGGCAUUGGAAAAUCAACUCUUGAACAUACAAGGCUUGCCCACCGUUAAUCGAGAUGCUGGAGGAGCAGCUUGUGUCUUCCCUUUUGUGUAUUUGGGGACACUCCACUGGACAUGUACUACAAUCAACCAUAACAAGCCUUGGUGUUCAACCACAGGCAACUUUGACCAGGAUGGGCAAGGGGGAGAAUGCUGCGUUGAAGCUGGGCAACAGUACAAUACUGUUUUAAUAAAACAUUGAAAACAGAA